GAAGCAUUGCGGAAGAGAGGUAAUGAAUGAUUAGUCAUAUUUUUACUGGAAGUGUUUUUACCAUUUUUUUGUGAACGUGAUACUUUAUUGCAUAUACAACAUUCAUAAAUAUUGUUCAAAAGGAAGUUUUCCCGCGUUAAAUCAAGACCGGUGAUAGCUAGCUGCUACUACUGUAGUCCUACAUCAGCUAACUUACUUAGCUAAGUUAACGUUACCUAUCGUUAAGUUACAUGUAUUGAAUUAUGACUAAAUUAUUCUGAGAAUGUCGUUCUAACGCAUUGUAUCAGAGGUUUCAUAUGGGGCCGACUGUCUCAAUGUUGUGAAUGGUGGUGCGUCUGAGGACUAGCUGUUUUGGGUUCAAGUAACGUUACUUUGUCAAAUAGCUUGAGUUAUGUUUGCAGGAGCGCCGCGAAUUCCUGAAAGUUUAACGUUAGCUGGUUCCAGUUGAUACUGCAUGAUGUCUUGUGCGCUUCUACUGUUGUUAAUGAGCUUGGCUUUGGCGAUGGGCACUGGCGCAGCGGUGGAGAUCCAGCGUCCACGUGGAGUACCACUAUCUAAGAGACAGUUCUAUGAGGAGAACAAGCCCUUUACCUGUUUGGAUGGCUCCAGCACCAUCCCCUUUGACCGGGUCAACGAUGACUACUGUGACUGUAUGGAUGGCUCGGAUGAACCAGGUACUGCUGCCUGCCCCAACGGCAGCUUCCACUGCACCAACGCUGGCUUCAGACCCGCCUUCAUCCCUUCCUCCCGGAUCAACGACGGCAUCUGUGACUGCUGUGACACGACAGACGAGUACAACAGUGGUGCCACUUGUCAAAACACCUGCAGGGAGAUGGGGCGCAAGGAGAGGGAGAGUCUGCAGAUAAUGGCUGAGAUCACCAAGGAAGGCUUUAUGCUCAAACAACAACUGAUACAUGAAGCUAAAAGGGGACAGGAGGACAAACAGGGCAAGUUGACUGAGCUGCAGGGUAGUAAGAAGGGUCUGGAGGGGAAGGUGGAGGCUCUGAGGACUGUGAAAGAAACAGAGGAGGAUCCAGAGAAAAAGGCUAAAGAGCGCCACCUGAAGUCUUGGGAGGAAAAAAAAGAACUCAUCUGUAUGGAGAAGGACAAAACUAGAAUGGCUGAGGCUUUUCUGGAGCUGGAUGAUGACGCAGAUGGCUAUGUUUCUGUGGCUGAGCUGCAGUCCCACCUAGAGCUGGAUCCAGAUUCAAAUGGCUCUCUGACAGAAACAGAGACUCAGGGAUUGCUGGGAGGAGCAGACAAGGUAGAUACGUCAGCAUUUGAAACUGUGUGGAGCGGCAUCAAAGACAAGUACCUGUCAGAGGGCCUGUCGGACCCCCCUGCCCCAGUGGAGACCCCCCAGGAGGAGGAGACCAGGGACUUUGUCGCUGACCACAACUCUGACCACUACCCCGAGGAUUACGCUGGAGAGGAGGAAGAUGUGGAGGAUGACGAGGCAGAUGAUGAUCACGAGGAGGAAGAGAAGGUCCCUCCCACCGUGCAGACCCCAGAGAAAAGAGAGGACGAUGAGGUGUCCAUGCCACCGUACGACACAGAGACCCAGAGCCUUAUUGAUGCUGCCCAGAAAGCCAGGGAUGAUUUUGAUGAAGCUGAGAGGGCUCUCCGGGAAGUGGACGAUCAAAUUAAGAACCUUGAGAAGGAGAUUGGCUUUGACUUUGGGCCAAGUGCAGAAUUUUCAUACCUCUACAGCCAGUGCUACGAAUUAUCCACAAGCGAGUACAUCUACAGGCUGUGUCCAUUCAAUAGGGUCUCCCAGAAACCUAAGUUUGGGGGAUCAGAGACUAACCUUGGCUUGUGGGGACAAUGGGAUGGUCCUGAAGACAAUUUAUACUCAGUGAUGAAGUAUGACCAUGGGCAGGGGUGCUGGCAGGGCCCCAACAGGUCCACCACAGUGAAGCUGACUUGUGGGAAGGAGACGGUGGUGACGUCCACAUCAGAGCCCAGUCGCUGUGAGUACCUUAUGGAGUUCACCACCCCCGCCGUGUGCCAGGAGCCAGCCAGCCUGGACAAAGUACUGCACGGACGCACAGAGCUGUAGUGCUCCCCACCAACAGGUUUCUCGUAAUGGACUACAUGUUAGCCUCCCACCCUUCUCUGCAACAACCAGCUGCUGCAAUCUGGCUUCACAAACUGGAUGAUGAAGAUUCAAAAUGGUUGCUUGUUCUUAACUCCUACUUGUCUGUUGCUUUAACUUGUUUGUCUAGGGUUAGUGUUUCAAUUAGAUUUAAAAAAUUGUCAUUCCAUUAAAAGUGGAAUUUGAAUAUGCUGAAUUGUUUUCUCCUAUGUUCUACUUUGCCAAUCAACGAGUUGUACUGUAUCUAAGCAGGAUAGUCAGUAUAUUGUUAACUGUGCUCCAAUACUACAGUAGAUUAUGCCAAUGAUGUGCAUUAUGACGAUGGUGGGCAGUUUGUCUUAUGCGCAUCAAUGGUUUUGCAUUGUUACCCUCUGGAAACGACAACAGAACUCAAUGUCAUCUUGUAAAAACAACAUGGGUCACUCAGAUUUGUAACCUUUUAUUUUUUUCUGGCAUGUAAAGUACAAAUAAUUAAACAAUUCCAUGAAAAAGUCUUCAAGCGUCUUCAGCUGAAAUCCCAGUAAUAAAUAUCCUAAACUAAA